GCGCGCGACAAAUCGUACCGUGUAAAUCAGCCUUAAAAGCAUUAGACCGAAUCGGUGACAUUUAAGAAGUACAUGAACUCUGUCACGUUUGGCAUCUUUUGGGUAUUUGGAGCUUUUUUAUACAUUCCAAAUGAAUAAAGACGGUCUGUCGUCCUCACUGUAGAGUGUUUUAAGACUGCUAGUCAACGUCUGUAAAGGUUUACUCUUGACUUUCAACUUAAACUGAAUUUUUUUGUGCGUUUGAGGUGCGGCUGAAAUGGCACAAUAGCUUGACUUUCACAAACAGUGCUAAAAUUUAAAUUCCGCCUUGCUGUAGCUGAAUAACUUACUAAUUUUGRGCUUUAGRCGUUYAAAAAACAAUGUGAACAGAGGGUAGGUCUGCCAGUCUUUAUUUUACUGCCCUAAAACGCUUUUUCUUCCAGUCUGCAACUUCGUGUUUGUACGGUAUUAAUUUACUUUCAUGCAUUGAUGAAGAUGCACAAUCUUAAAUUUAGAACUGUGAGAUUUUGAUCGCUAAAAGAGCUGUUUAUCACUAGUUUGUCAURUURGYUUGCACAGCUGCUUAAGGAUCGGGAACUAAAUAAACAAAAACCAUGAAUAUCUCUUCGAUUUAAGCUUGUUGGUUAAGACAGGACAUAUGUAGACAUUUUGGCCAAUUUUUCUUAUAUCAGUACACUAGCUUAAGCCACUCGUUCGGCUCUUUUGUGUUCUACAGGAAUUCCUAUAAUAAGUGAAAACUUUUAGUUAAUAAAUAUGUUUAAAACGAAACAGAAUUCAAAUUUUGUUUACUUCAGCGUGUCCAGGAACGCGCAUUCGAAGCAAUGGACCGAAUAUGAUGUCAUAUUGUGAUGUUAUUUUGUCCGUAUAUUUGGGCUUCAAUUUGUUUUUAUAGAGUAAGAAAACAUGGUUUGUUGUCCUCACUUGAGAAUUUUGUGACAUUUCCGACAGUAUUUUAAGCGUUCUAGAAUAGCCAGUUAUACGCGUACUGGAUAUUUUUGUGUAGAAUUUUGAAAGCAUGUCUUUCAUGAAAAUUUAUUAACUCGCAUCUGAAAAUGAAAAUAUACUUGAAUGCCUUACUUUUUUAAAUAAAUGAAUACGUUUUUAGUGUUUGAAUAAAUGAAUACGUUUUUAGUGUUUGAAAAAGCCAAGGAUGAACGUGAGUUGUCUUGGUUUCCGGUUUGCUCUGGAAAUAGGUUGUUUCGGGAAUAAAACGUUAUUCUCCAAAUAAGUACUACAUAAAAAUAAUGAUGUCUUUUUUUUUUGGUUUUUAAUGUUGUUUAUUGAAAGAAAGGAUAGUGGUACAGAAAACAAUUAUAAAGUUGUAAAUAAAUAAUAAAUAAAGGUGUCUCAAAUGGAUGUUAAUUUCAAAAUGAAGGGUUACACAGAUGGUACGAGCACUGAGUACUGUGAAUAAAUAAAGAGCUUCGUAACAAUAUAUCGCUAAUUUAUUUAAAGAAGCACAAGGUAAAACAUAAAGUAAAAAAGUAAAGCUACUUUUCCGUCAAAAAAAAUAUCAGUUGCGCUUUUUCGGAAUUUUUUUUUGUCUUAUUAAAUAUUCUGCCAGUGGAAAAUAUAGGUAUUUCAUAAAUAAUUAUAUGAUAAAUCGUUUUUAAUAUCUACACUAGCUUUAUCACCUAAAAUGAUCAGUCAUUAGAAGUAAAUGUUAGUAAAAAUAGUGGAGUGAAUUUUUUGAAAAGGAUGUUGUAAAUAUGUCAUUUUAUCCUUUAUCAAGACCAUCAGAAAAGGAAAGAAAAUAAGAAAUUUGUGUCAACCUUUCUGACUCCCAGACAGCUGCUAACCCCAAACAAAUCCAACAAUUUGUUUUGUGAUAUUUAAGUAUCUUAUACCAAAAAAGGUCAAUAUUUUGUGGUCUUUAUGUUAAUUAUUCCUUAAAUUUUUCCAAAAUAUUUGAGUAUCCUAGGUGAUUUAGAGUUUGAGCCUGUGAAUAUCUCUUUUUAGUUCUAAUAUUUGGAUAGCAACAUAUUUCAAUAACAUGGUUUUGUCAAAAAAUUCAAAUGCUGUUCCCCAACUUACUAUAUGCAGUGUAUUAUAAUUGCUAGUAUUAGAUUCGAAAAAUUAAAGACUGGCAGCCAAGUUGGUUGAAUACACAAUAGAUACUAAUAAGGAGUCCUUUGUUGAAGUUCAACCAAGAUGGCUGCUGUGACAUGUUCUUCAAACAAAGAAUUCCAUAAAUGAGAAAGUGUUGUUUUGCAUACCAAAUUGCUGUCAUGGCAACACAUUGCACUGAAAGAGUAGGAUAGAAUUGUUUUCAUUAUUUCUAACUUUGUGUUAUUUUUUAUUUCAGGUUAAGAACUAAAUUUAACAUAACAGCCUUCAGUUUUACAAAAUGUCUAUAGUAUGUACCUUGUUGAAAAAUGUACCCUUAUGCUUGAAACGACGAUUAGUACCAAGGCACCGCUCUCUAAAGUGGACAAUUUUAAUCAUCAUAUGCCUAGUUUUAGUUAUACUUCUUGUACUUUUAUCUGAAAUUGGGACUCGGAAGUUGGAUAUGAAGCAUCUUCUGGAUGGGGAAAUAGAUUAUCCUCAAGAUUAUCUGAAAUUUGUCAGGAACGCAGACUAUGGUCGCUGUUCUCCUCAUAAACCAAGCCGAGAAGCUAUAAAAAUGGUGCGGAGAAUAUAUAAAUUGGACCCGAAGCUUACAAGAUGUGGCAUGGGGAAAGGUGGUGCUGCCCCAGCUAUAUGUCAUAUAAAUGUUAUGCCUGAAAACCCUCAUAAAGACAUGAAAUAUAGUUUUAAUGUGACCUGUGAUAGGAUUUGUAAAGAGAAUAGCGAAAAGAACAAGUUACAAGUUCUUACAGUGCAAAGUGGUUAUAUAAAAAAUGUUGGUUCUUUUCAAACUAUAUCAGCCCUUGAAAAGGGUGUUCACAAAGUUGUUCWKGAAAACAUYAAGAACAAUAUUCACUUUCUUGUUAUUCGUUGCUUAUCAAGUGAACCACAGUCAACGACAAUACGCUCUCAAAUUCUUCCUAUAGAUCCUMGAUUGACAAUCAAAAGGACUAAUACGUCGCGUGACAAGAACUUAAUAAACGUGAAUAUWCUACUUUCCGAUUCYGUAUCGCGGGCUCACUUCUACCGAUCUUUGCCAAAAACAAUUGAACUUUUCAAAAARUGGACAAACGAUAGUUCAUUGGCUCCUGCGMGGGUCUUUGAUUUUGAGUUAUUUCAAGCUGUGGAAGGUCACACUACAGAAAACACUCACGCUCUGUUUAAUGGGAAAUUGCUACCGCUGGACAAGACGGAAARUGAMCGCAYCGUACAUCCGGCAACGAUGUUUGGCGCUUUCCAAAAGGCAGGCUUUCAAACGAUGUGGCAAGAAGACUUGUGCUGGAAAGCUGUGUGGGGUCUAAAGUUGGAUUUGAAAGCAGACAGCUGGGAGAAUUUGCAACAGAAACUCAAAGAAAACUUUAUAGAUCACGUUGGUUUGACAGAUUCAAGUUGUGAAGUUUUAGAAUACAUUUAUGGGACGAAAUGGCCAUUUUAUGAUCCGAUUCAAAUAUGCUAUUCGGGUCAAUUCCAGCACAGAUACUUUUUCAACUACACUAUAGACACGUUAAGGGCCAUUUCAUCAGAUUCCCAWGCAUUACCGUUGUUUACAUACAUGGCKUCAAACGUUGGACAUGACCAYACRGGCAGAAGAAUCCAGUCGCAUGACUUAACUCUACUAGAAUAUGUCAAGAAAUUAUCCCUUUUGGACAAUACCAUUACGRUACUACUAGCCGAUCAUGGUAAUACCUACACCCGAUACACYGUGGAUAUCAUYGAAGGUCGCUUUGAGAUGUAYCACCCGCAUUUGUUUAUGAUAAUUCCUAAUAAGGUAGCAGAACGUUUAGGRAAAGAUGCUUUGGACGCUUUGGAUGUCAAUCAGCGACGAUUGUUAACCGUUCUUGAUUUGCAUCAAUCAAUAAUGGCAUUGCGAUACCCCUUAACUGGGCGUGUCCGUCCAAUGGGGCUYUUUUCACCCAUUGAUGCCAAUCGGACAUGUAAUGAAGUUGAACUUCGGAGACCUAAUUUUUGCGUUUGUGAAGGAUGGGAUAUGCCU